AUGCGGGUCCCUACCCUUCUCGCUGCUGCCCCUUUGGCUACCACGGCGUUAGCGCACUACACCCUCCCCGUCCUCGUCGUCAAUGGUGAGCCCUCCGGCGAGUGGGUGAACAUCCGCCGCACGAACAACUAUUAUUCGCAGCAGCCAGUCACCGACGUCACCUCCCCCGACUUCACUUGCUACACCACCGAGACGCAGGCGACGGCCGAGACCGCCGAGGUCGCCGCCGGCUCCUCCGUCAGCAUCAAGGCGAACGGGCCCAUGUACCACCAGGGCGUUGUCAAUGUGUACAUGGCGGACGCGGACGGGGACGCGGCGUCGUAUGACGGCUCGGGCGAGAAGUGGUUUAAGGUGUAUGAGAUCCCGGCGGUGACGGACGGGGGGAGCACGAUUGAGUUUCCGGGGACGAACAUAACGGAGAUCACCUUCGACAUUCCCAAGGCCCUACCGAGUGGCGAGUAUCUCGUUCGCGCUGAGCACAUCGCUCUCCACAACGCAGCGAACAAGGGUGGAGCCCAGUUCUACCUCAGCUGCGCCCAGGUCAAGGUCACCGGCGGCGGCAACGGCACACCGGGUCCGCUUGUCUCCAUCCCGGGCGUGUACGACGGUAAUGAGCCGGGCAUCAAGCUCAACAUCUACAGUCCUAUCCCUGCCAACUACAGCCAGCCGGGCCCCGCUGUUUGGAGCGGCUGA